AUGCAUCACCACGAAGCAGGCCAGAGUCUCAUGUGGUCUGGGUAUUUCCCUCUUCGAUUUCUCCCUCCAUCUUCCCUCGCUCGUCAAGCGAUUCUAUCACUCGUACUAAAUGGUGGUACCUGUCAAUCAUUAGCCGAUGUUGCGGAUAUUCAGAAACCCAUCAAGCACAACCAGCUCUACCCACGAGGACCAUCUGGACGUGUCAAUUCAAACAUGAGGUCUUCUAAUCGGCCUUGUACAUGGCAGACUCUAGGUAUUUCAGCAGGAUUCAAUGAUCAUAUGGUGAUUUUGAAGGGAGAUCCUUGUAUUAUGCUUAGUGGCGCAUUUUCUCUAAACGGGGCAUAUCAGGACGUUCGAAAACUCGGACCUUGGGGCCUGAAAAUCCUGUGGGAUGUGUUGAAAUGUUACCACUGUUCUCUCACAGUAGAUGAUCUGUACCAUGUAGACUUUGUGAUGAUGCACCACUUCAAAGUGAAAACAAUUGGAAGUACCUCAACAUGGGAUAAUACACUCCGCCUUGCAGGAGAUGAAACUCGUCAAAUAUUGUGCCGAGACGAUGUAUUGACAUCCCGUGAGCGAGGGUCCAGUUGUCAAUUAUUCAACCCUUACAGAGUGAAUCCAUUGUGUUUACCCAGUUUUCGACCUCAAAAAUCCCGAGAUCAAACCUUGCGGAGCCAAACUUGUGGCAUAGUACUUGGAGCUUUUCCAGUCAAAAUCAACUCAAAAUACGAACGUUUAAGCCUUGCAGAACCAAAUCAAUGUGACAACUCAUUGUCGACAUUGGAGUUUGGACACGGAAACCUUGAAAAGCCAAACCUACGGUGA